UUUUGGCUACGCUGAUCAUUUGCUUCAUGAUGAUCAAAGAAAAAAAAAGAACAUGGACUUGUUCCCUUUUAAAAGGCAAUUACGAUUGAUUUACCAAAUGUCAUAUUAUUUAUCCGUUAAGAUAUGCAACUUUCCUUUAAAAUGGAGAUUUCUGUAGCUCUGAGUUCAAACUCCCUUCAAUUCGCACUAGCAUUAUAAGCAAAACUUCUAUUAAAGAACACCACGACAUCUUUUUUAUUUGCAAAUAAAACACCACUACAUCUUGGACAUUGAUGAGACAACAAACCUAAAAGAAUAUGAAUCAAUUAUCCCCCUCUCAGUUACAUAGAUAAUUACGUUAAAAAAAGUUACACAGAUAAUUAUCCCUCUCUCAGUUACAUAAAUAAUUACAUGUGGUGCUUACAUCAUUUGAAUGUAUCCUUAUGUUACGAGUGAUAAUUCCUAAUUAUUUCUAGAUCGCUCUUACUUCUUGUUGCUAAUUUCCCAAUAUUUCAAGGUUCCUGAAAAGAGGCUAAGACUUGGUUGAGGAAGAGGUAUGGUCAUGCAUCUAACCAUACAGAUUCGAGUACCUGAAUUUUGGUGUCUAUUUCUUCUUAUCUUAAUAAAAAAAACAUUUUGAUCCUCCUAGCUUGCCAUUUUUUUAAACUCGCGCUAGGCGCUAGCACAGAUGGAAUCUGACUGUUGACCAAUAAAGCAGUAAUGCCCAUUCAGGAAUCUUGCAACUACAGAUUUUGCCAGUGUCGUAGACUUCUAGUUCCCACAGCUGUGCGUGGCUGCAUGCCAGUGUGUAGGCAUGUCUACCAGAGAAAUGCACGGACAGAAUUUCUCCUGCUGUGACGUGGGACCAUUCUACUACCUGCCCUGGCUCCGUCUAAUGCUAAAAAAGAACGAUGGUGGUUUCAUGAGACUGGUUGCUUGUCUAUGUAGAAAAAUGUGGCAAAUGCCAAUCUGAAUUUUCUGGAAAAAUGAACGGUGGGCACUGGUCUUGCCUAGAGGUGCUUUGCCUGUCUCUUUUCUUCUCCCUAUUUUCAAUCCUUCUUUUUUCCCUGGACAGAACUUCUGUAAAAUCACUAGUUUAAAGUCUCCAUAUCCCUGGGGAAAAACAUGUAGAACCGGAUGGAGAAGCACAACCUGAUAACCAUGAGACAUAAUAUCUUCAUUUUGGGGACUCGGGGAGAGGUCUAUAAAGCCUAUGCUACCUACAAGAUCUAUCCAUGCAGUCAACCAACGCAGCAGAGAAGCCGGUGGGCGAUCUCCAGUCUAUACUACAACAUGGGAGAGAACAGAAAGAUCACCCGGUCAAGGCUAGUGACAAGCAAGCUUCUGCACCGCCAGCACCUGCAUGGCCAUGGAUCUGUCUCUGAGGUAUCGAGCUUAGUGGAUGAAACCUUGGGGAAGAGGCCCUUGAAUGGGCAGAAGGAUACACUUGUAUACAGUGUGUUUGCUAGUACCUGGAAUGUCGGUGGCAUCACACCAUCUGAUGGCUUGGACUUGGAGGAUUGGUUGGAUACAAGAGCUAACGCCUAUGACAUCUAUGUUCUCGGGUUCCAGGAGAUAGUACCACUCAAUGCGAGAAAUGUUCUUGGUCCUAAGAAGAGCUGUGCAUCUGCAAAGUGGAACUCGCUAAUCGGGGAGGCACUUAACAAAAAGGAAAGAGAAGAAAGGGCAAAGUUGAACCAAGAUUCUACAAAUAGCGGUGCGAAGGAAGGCUCUAUGCAGGGAGAAGGCUUCAGAUGCAUCAGGAGCAAGCAGAUGGUUGGCAUAUUUACGUCAGUAUGGGUGAGAAGCAACCUUAGGCCACUCAUUCAUCAUCUUGAUGUUUCAUGCAUUGGUUCGGGCAUCAUGGGCUGCCUAGGGAACAAGGGUUCUGUUUCGAUCCGAUUUGUGUUGCAUGAGACGAGCUUUUGCUUCGUUUGUUGUCACCUGGCUUCAGGUGGCAAACAAGGGGACGUGCUGCUGAGGAAUUUGGAUGUUGCGGACAUACUUACAAGGACAUGGUUCCCUGGACUUGCAUCUCAGGAAUUGCCAGAGAAGAUCCUUGAUCAUGAUCAAGUAGUUUUGCUUGGUGACUUGAACUAUAGAAUAUCCUUGGAAGAGGCCGAGACGAGGUCACUGGUGAGAGCCAAGAACUGGGCCAUCUUAUUGGAAAACGAUCAGCUAUUGUUCGAGUUCUCAACAGGGCGGCAUUUUGAGGGCUGGCAGGAAGGCUUGAUCACGUUCUCCCCCACCUACAAGUACCAACCCAACUCCGAUCAGUACUACUGGUGCUUCGACAGUGCGCGGAGCGAGAAGAAGCGCGCUCCGGCAUGGUGCGAUAGGAUUCUGUGGCGAGGCAAGGGCCUGAAGCAAGUCCAAUACGAGACGUGCAGCUACAGGCUAUCGGACCACCGGCCGGUGAGAGCGGUUUUCCACGCUGAAUGCGAUGUAUUAUCAGAGACAGAGGGGAUGGUGCAGAAGUAAACAGCCAGGCUGCUGCGCACAAAACUCACCAAGCGAAGCGACUGAUGGUCUACGAAGAGAAGCCAUGCUCUGUUCAAUGAGAGUGAUGGCAUGGACGAUGCGACGCGAGUGUCAAAUCGAGAGAGAAUUGGACGCAAGAUUGGACCAAACGAGUAACCAAGAGGAAAAUUCUCCUUGAGAUGAAUAUGAAGUUUUUUUUACUCGAGAGGAUUAGAAUUUUCUGAACGCUGAUUGAGUUGUGUGCUGAAGAACUGCAUGGACAGAGUACCAGGAUCGGAGAAGAGGUGCUGGUUUUUUUUUUGGAUUUAUUCUGUUGUUGGUGAUGUUCAGAUUCUUUUUCGCUCGUUCAAAAACUAGUUUCUUCUGGGUUUUGGGCUUGUAUUGUACCUUCCAUCAUUAACCUUCAACUGAAAGAAUAUCAGCGACCCUACUGUCCUCUAAAAA